GUUCCCCCAUGGAUGUGUGCAUGUGCCAGGGGGUCCUGCCGGCUCACGCCGACCCCCGCGGGGAGCUGAGCGCCGGGCAGCUGCUCCGCUGGAUGGACGCCGCCGCCUACCUCGCAGCUGAGAAACAUGCUGGUGUGUCCUGCAUGACAGUGUCCAUGGAUGACAUACGGUUUGAGGAGGCUGCCAGGGUGGGACAAAUUAUUACCAUCAAAGCAAAGGUGAACAGAGCAUUCAGAACCAGCAUGGAGGUUGGCAUCAAGGUUACAGUACAGGAUGUUUUGACUAAUGUUGAAAAAACUGUGAGUGUGGCAUAUGGAACUUAUGUAGCCAAACUAGUUGGUGCUGGAAAGGUUGAGUUAGAACCUGUAAAGCUUCUGUCCGCAGAAGACCACCUGGAGCACAGCCUGGCUAUUGAGAGGAGAAGAAUCAGACUGGGCUAUUUCCAGAUCUUUCAAAACCUAAUGCAGGAGAGUAAUAAGGAAGAUACUUUUGAAGAGGAAGAUGCAAUUUCAAUUGAACUUACUCGUAUUGAGCUUGUCCUGCCUCCUCAUGCAAACCAUCAUGGAAACACUGGUGGCCAGAUCAUGGCUUGGAUGGAGACAGUGGCAGUAUUUCAGCAAGGCCACUCAGAGCGAGACCUGACCUUUGAAGGUGCGAGCCGCCUUUGUCAUUCAUACCCUGUCCUGAAAUCAGUGAACAAGUUCUGGGGACCCUCCUUUGUGGGCGACCGCCUCGUCUUCAGCACCAUUGUGAACAACACCUUCCAGAACAGUGUGGAGGUUGGUGUCCGUGUUGAGGCUUAUGACUGUGAGGAGUGGAUCAAGGACCAGCCACGGCACAUUAAUAGUGCAUUCCUCAUCUUUAGUGCUGUGAAUGACAAAGGACAGCUGCUCCCUUUCCCCAAAGUCGAACGCACAACAGAGGAUGGUAUGAGAAGAUACCACGGAGCUAUUGCCCAAAGGAGAAUUCGUCUAACCAGAAAAUGCAUACUGUCUGCUAAAGGAGACAAACCUUCUGAACCCUGGGAGAGAAGCAACCAGGCCUAUUUGAGUUACAACAACGUAGCAGCAUUGACACACCUGGCAGCAAAACCAAGAUGGGAAAUAACUAGGACGCUGGAUGAUAUAAAAAUAUGGACUCUUGAGGAGGGUAAUGCGUUAUCUUUCAAGGUUGAAAUGCAGGUGAAGAUCCCAUCCGACCUGGCUUUUUACCUUCUGUCCGACUUCACGUUGCGCCAGCAAUGGGACAAACAUUUCCUGACUUGUGAGGUCCUCCAGGCUGUGAGUGAAGAUCAGAAAAUAUAUUAUGUGAUGUCUCCCCCCACAAGGGGCUACGAGCCCAGAGACUUUGUGAUUCUCGUGUCUCAAAGGCAACCCUGGAAGCCACAUGAACCCUACACCGUGGCUGUGAGGUUGGUGACCCUCAGGGCAGUGCCCCCAUCCCCGGAGUUCUCCAGGAGUGAAGUCCUUUGUGCCGGGUUCCAGAUACACACCAGCACGAGCAGCUCCUGUAAGGUGUGUUACUUCAAUCAAGUGACAUCAGGAGUGAUGCCUUACUUAGCUGCAAAUCUCGCCAGCUCAUCAAAAUCCAUUGAAGACACAGCUUUGGAAUGUAUAAAGUUCUUGGAGAUGAAAGGCUGCAUGUACUAAAGUUAAAAACAGAUUUCUGAGGGGACAUCUGAAGAUUAUCCAGCAAUUCUGGUUUAAAUUCCUGCAAGUGUCUUGAUCAUUUUUCUACAGGUUACCUACGUUGCAUCAUGUAGCCAGUAUUUGGCUUGAACCUGAGAAUACCUUGUACAAGCAUCUGCUAUCAAGUUGAGCUUAGGCUUUAGGAUCCAAAUUCAAUUUUUAAUUUAAAAAAGAUUAAGGGACAGAUUCUGCUUUUGAUUGCAUUAAUGAAUUUUGUAUAAAUGGAAGCAGAACUUGGCUCAGUGGAGCUGUAGCUCAUGAGACUGUUUCCCUGUUUUAAUGUUAUACUGUAUGAAAAGGCAUCCAAGCAGUUUUAAAUCUGUAAAUACCACCCCUUGUAACCUGCAAACCAGUGCUACCAAGUAGCUUUCCCUGUGCUCUGACCUGGCUGUCGAAGUCUUUGCACCCCCAUUAUUUAUAAACUGAUUACAGCCCAUGUAAAUUAGAGUUUGCUGCUUUUAAUACUUGUCUGUUUAUGUGUGACUUCCAAUAAAUUAUUGUUUCUGAGGUUACAAAUUCAUCACAAAUUUCAUUACAGAAUAUCUGGGGUGCAGAAUGGCUGCUCUGUAGUGGUGAUGGGGACUGCUGGCAACCUCAGUGCCUGGCUGUAGAGCAGAACAGUAACUCUUUGAUCCACUCCCUCGCAGAUGAAAAGGGGGGAUGUUUUCAGAUUUUAUUGUGGUGUGUGUGCUUUGUUUUCUGCUCUUAUUUUUGCUUAAAAGAGCCUUGUUGAGAGGAAUGAGUAUGCUCAUCAGCAGUUAGAUCCUGGCAUGGACAGGGAUAUGAGUGGGAUCAAAGCAUGAGCUGCAGGCCACUUGAUCUCACUGCAGAAUCACAACUGGUACAGGGAGAGCUCUCAGGGUCUGGCAGUGUUCCCACUUAAACACAUCCUCAGUUCACCCUACAGCCAAACCAGAGCUCUCUUCAGGGAUUCAUAGGAUACAGCACAUUUUGCAUAUGGGAAGUGCAGCAGGAGAGACACCAAGGGAAGCCCUGGAAGCCCUCAGGGUGCCGCAACACCUGAGUCACCUGGGCUCUCCACAGGUGUGGUUUAGCUGGGGUACAAAGCCUUAGUGAAACCAGCUCUGUCUGCAGGGGCUGGUUGCUCUGUGCCACACAUAGCUGUUCCUUCCACUUGGAAUAGAGGCGGGGAGGCAGGUCCUGGGCUCUGGCUCUGGAGGGCCAUCCACAGACCCAGAUCCUGAUUUUGGAUCAGCAUGGUCAUCACGAGGGUGAAGUGCAGCUCCUCAUUCUGGGGAGCAGGGACAGCCCCCCCAGGACAUGGGAGCCACUGAGGCCCUGCUUGUCAACUCCUGGCUCAGCUGGCCCUGGGAAGGCCCAGAUCCCUCCAGGACAUGGGAGCUCAGCUCCCUAAGUCCUGCAGGGUGCAGGUGAGGGCAGACAGGCCCUGGGCUGGGCAGAGAAGCCUCCAAGAUCCCAAUUUUUGGUGAAGAGAGACACCUAAUGUUGGCUCUGAACACAGGCAGUGGGGACAGAGCCUGGAUGCUGCCUGCACCAAGCACUGUACAUUUAUUUACACCUUUACAUGCAGCACCUUUUCCAGC